CGGCGCUAAUACAGAGCACUCUAACCCCCAAUUCCCAAACCCUAAACCGUAAAUUUGCAGCUUCAGUCUCACAGCCACUCCCCUUCGUCGCCGCCGCCACUCUUUACCGGCACAGAGAGAAUAUCCGCCGUUGAUACUGUACAUACUCCUCACAAGUCACUCUUCAGAUUAUUCAUGGCUGGCCGCGGCGGAGGAAGGCAGGGCGGCGGAGCGCGGCGUUUCGACGGCGGCAGAGGCAGCAAGGCCCCGCCGUCGAGGCACUUGUGGAUCGGGAACCUAUUUCAUAGUAUCACCGAGGACGAGCUGACGCGUCACUUUCUGAACUUCGGAGACUUGGAGAGCGUGGCGUUCCUGCCUGGCCGGAGCUACGCCUUCAUCAAUUUCAAGAGGGAGGAGGACGCCGUCGCCGCCAUGGAGGCUCUUCACGGCUUUCCGGUUGCAGGCAACGCGCUGAGGGUCGAGUUUACCAAGGCGGAUAAAUCAUCUGUGCCAUUACGUGAAGAAGAUUACUCCCAACGGCGAGAGUCAGCAGUAAGAGGUUCUCCUUUGUCACAAAGGGAGUUCAGACCACGUCAAGAUACUCCUGAACAAUUUCAUCAAGAAAAAUCCAGUAUGGGUGAUAAAAACACAGAGCCCAGUGAAGUACUAUGGAUAGGAUUUCCAGCUUUAUUAAAGGUGGAUGAAUUUAUAUUAAGAAAGUCUUUUGCACCAUUCGGUGAAAUUGAGAAGAUAACUGCCUUUCCUGGUCGUAGUUAUGCAUUUGUUCGAUUUAAGAGCAUAAUGUCAGCUAGCAGAGCUAAAGCGGCUCUUCAAGGAAAAUUAUUUGGAAACCCCCGUGUACAUAUUUGUUUUGCGAGGAGUGAUACCAGCUCAUCAAGCAGUGGAAAGAAUUCAAUCAAUGACCCUCCAUCGCCACAUUUGAAGUGGAAUGGUCGGUCUGGAUCAUCUGAGAACUGUCGCCAAGAUAAAAACUUUGGGAGCUUUACGGAGGAUUCUAGCAUCAGAUCUCCUCAGUAUUUCUCAACUUUGGAUUCUGGUGGUUAUGAGCCCUAUAGUUUAAAGAGGAAAGGGAAUUUUUUGACAGGUGAGAACAAUACAUUUGAACAGAGGAGGCCCGGUGAAGUAUCUGACCUAAGUCUUUCACAAGACAUGUAUGGUUACCGGGGUAGUCCUACGAGAGAAAGAUAUGCUCAUUUACGUGAAAAUCCUCAGAGAUUUCCUCAAACAAAUCCACUGUAUGAUGAAAUAUGGGACUUACCAGAUGAUGGUCAUUUCUUUCAUGGAGCCAAGAAAUUGAAGACAGAGUCUUACAUUCCUCAGAAAGAGCUUCCAGAGUAUCACAUGUCUGUCUAUGAACAAGAAAAACAUGGUUUCCCCAGAUUCACCGAUUUUCACCAAGCUGACAUUUCCAAUAGAAACUUUGAAAUCCCUGAACGAUUAAACAAUCCAGCUCUACCUCCACUUGAUAGAGGUGACCCUUGGAAAGAACAUAACUUGCAGGCAGGUUCUGUUGAUAGGAAAAGAUAUACACCUGAAUCAAAGAAGUCUUUGGAACUAUGGAAAUGGGAAGGGACUAUUGCAAAGGGAGGAACUCCUGUCUGUCGUGCGCGUUGCUUUCCUGUGGGGAAGGUUCUUGACAUGAUUUUGCCUGAGUUUUUAGAUUGUACUGCAAGGACUGGUCUAGAUAUGCUUUCUGAGCAUUAUGAUCAAGCAACCAGUGCUUGGGUUGUGUUCUUUGCCCCUGGAAGUGAUGCUGAUAUUGGAUACUACAAUGAAUUUAUGCAAUAUCUUGGGGAGAAGCAGCGUGCAGCCGUUGCUAAAUUAGAUGACAGGACCACCUUGUUUCUUGUACCCCCAUCUGAGUUCUCAGAGAAAGUGCUGAAGGUACCUGGCAAACUAAGCAUCUCUGGUGUUGUUUUAAGGAUAGACCAGCCUAGUUCCAGUUUCGGAUCUCAUCACCAGAAACAUGAAAGAAAUGAUACUAGAUUAUUGUCAUUCACUGGGGACCAACCAUAUUCAAGAUUGCCAGCCCCUUCAGUAUCCAUGCCUCCGUUUACAUCUUUGCCUGAUUCAAGCAAAUCAGGAGUUAGUAAUCCUGGUUCAGCUCAUGGUGUUGGAAAUGGAUAUGAAUUUUACAAUGAGAACAGGCAUGAAUAUCCACCUUAUGAGGAAAGCCCUAGCUUUGGACCAAACUGGUCUGUUCACCACCCACAGAGUUCAGUCUCUGUUACUAGAAAUAGACCGAACCAAGUGUCCACUAAUGCUGUUGAUCCAGCUCUUCAGGAGCAACCCUCAGUCAUGCAAAGGCCCCCACAAGAGGCAUUCCCUACUGGUGGAGUGCCUCAUGGUAAAAACAGCCAUUUUCAGGACACCCAGCCUUCAAUUUCUUUAGCUGAGCCUCAUAAAGCCCUGCAACCGCAGCAACUUGCCCGAUUGGCAUCUCUUCUCGAACAGCAGAGGCAGUCUGGGACCGUACCAAAUUCAUCCACUGGAGAAGAUUUUAGGCACAGAAAUGCAGUACAUGAAACUGAGAACCUGCCAAGGACAUAUCAGAAAUUUGCGCAGCAGAAUAAUCAGGUGACUUAUGUUCACUCGACGUCUCAGCCUUCAGUUUCAUUAGCUGAGCCUCUUGGACCGGAGCAACUUGCCCGAUUGUCAUCUCUUCUUGAACAGCAGAAGCAGUCUGGGAGCAUUCUGAAUCGAUCCGCCGGAGAAGAAUAUAGGCACAGAAAUGCAGUACAUGAAACUGAUAACCUACCAGGGACAUACCAGAAAUUUGUGCAGCAGAAUAGUCAGGUGACUUCUGAGCCCUCAACAUCUCAAUUUGGUCAAGCUCCAGAGUUUCAGCAGCCACAACAGCAGGUAUCACAUGUCCCUCACACAGUUCAAAGAGAUCUUCAAGCAGGGGACCAGGGUAAUCAACACCAGCAAAAUAGUAAUACAAAUGAAGGUGGUGACGGUAUGGAUCGCAUGCAAGCCACAUUACAGCUUGCAGCAGCUCUACUUCAGAAAAUCCAACAAGGAAAAGGAAGUUGACAAGCGCUAGAGAUAUUAGUAUGUUGAUCUCAUCUAAUUGUGGGCCAUUGCGGCCGAUUAAGUUUUGACAGUCCGGUAGUAGAGGUGCAAGAAAUUUCAGGUUUUACUCUUUGCACAUAAGUUUUCCUUUUACCUGAUGUGAUUAGAUGUAAAUUUUUUAAAAUUUUGAUUGUUCAAGUAGAUAUUUCUUGGUU